UACCUGUACCGCAUGUGUAGGCAGGGCUCCAGCGCUCCCGCGCGGGGCCCGGGCGAGCCCUGCGCUCGCGCCGCGCUCUCCGCGAGCCUCCCCCACACGGGGCCAGGCGCAGGCGGAGUGACUCAGCUGCCGGGCGGGGUGGUGUCCGGACAGUGUUUGGCGGAGAUAAGACCCCCCCCUCAACAUCCUCUCUUUAUUCCGGGCUUUUUGUUUGCUUUUGUCCUGACACACAAAACAAAAACUGCUCCGGGGACUGCAGCGGCGAGGCAAGUGUAAGAGGGAGAGCGGUGAUGACAGAGGAGAGGUGUGCCAAAGUGGAGCAGUAUGUUGGUGAAAUUAAAGGUGGCCUGAGACCAACCAUGAAACUCACAGUCAUAGGCAUGGUACACUCCAAACCCAAGAGCUUUUCAGUGACUCUGCUCUGUGAUCCAGUGGAUGUCAACAAAGAUGUUGGGCUGUUAUUUACAGUUAACUUCAGUGAGAAAUCCAUCACCCGAAAUGCACGAAUUGCUGGGAAAUGGGGAAGAGAAGAGAAGACUAUUCCCUACUUUCCAUUUACAGCAGGUGACACGUUCAAGAUGGAGCUCUUAUGUGAACACCAGCAAAUACGAGUCUUGGUUGAUGGACGGCAGCUCUGUGACUUCACUCACCGCAUUCAGCCUCUGAACCUGGUGAAAGCUUUGCGAAUCUCAGGGGACAUCAAGCUUACCAAAGUGGCUUGAAAAAAGGAGACCAGGAUAUCACCAGAGGACAGAGGAAAAUGUACUUUCUCUUGUCUCAGACCUGUUUUAUCUUUUCCCCCUGUCUGAUUCUGGAGCGUGGGAUCUGUAUCUUUUUAAUUCGCUGAUAUGUUUGAGAAACACACUUUUUUUCCCCCAUACAGACUCACAGCAAUUGCAGAGCUAUGGCUGGUCCAGAUAAAUCUCAAAGCCUUUGCUGAGAAACACUUCUGCCUCCCAAACUGCAAGAUUUAUGAUGCUAUGCAGUAUCUCACAUCCUUAUGGCUCCUUACGCCCUCAGGCAUGCCAGGUGGCAGAGCUCAGUCCACCCACCAGGUGGGUGGCUGUUGUUAGUUAGCUGUGUGACUAGAACUGGGCAUUAUGCAGGUGGUGGGUCUGAGAAAAGAGAAGCAGGAGAUUUUCUUAUAAAUGAAUUAGGGUGUCUGAUGGGCCCCAGCAAGGCUCACGUUAUCAGGAGGGGAUUGCUUUUUUCUGGAAGCUCUGCUCAGUCAGCACAAAACAUCUGUGCCUUCCAGCAGAGAGCAAUAAAUACCUUACCUGCCUUACCCUGUCUCUUCCAGGCAGCUUUUCCAGAAUGGAAAGGUUUUGACAGCUGUGGAUUUCACAGUCUUCUCUGGACCAGCCCUAAGACAUGGUAUCUGCAGCUGAAAAUGCACUGCCCAUUCUUGUUCUUGCAUGUAAUUAAAACUGCACCUUUGCUAGCAAACUUCUUUACAAGCUCUCUUAAAUAUUUGAAUGCAUGUAAGUGUUGUGCUGUUAUUUCAUUGCUGUAACUGUUGAGGAAAAUCCUGAAAACAUGGCUAUUUUAAUAAAUAAACAAGCAUUUAUCAUA